AUAGGGGGCAAAGGAGAGGGGGUAAAGGAUGCUGCGACAAAAUCCCAGCGCCCAGACGCAACUUAGCCUCCUAAAAGUUCGCAAUCUCUUCCAACCAUGGACAGGAAAAUCACCAAAGAUAUUGGAACCUUAAAAUUUACCGAUCUAUAUCCGAACGGUAAAGGCGAUGUCGACGAAAACACACGCAACUUUCUCUUGAAAGUUGUGGAAAUUAUGUUAGAUUUCAUUUCCAAAACUAAUGACAGAAAGGCAAAGGUACUGGAUUUUCAUCAACCUGACCAGUUGAAGCAAAUCCUUGAUCUUGAGAUACCAGAUGAGCCAUUGAAUUUGGACCAGUUGCUGGUGGAUUGCAAAGAUACGUUAAAGUAUCAAGUCAAAACAGGUCAUCCACAUUUUUUGAAUCAGCUUUCAACAGGACUUGAUAUUGUUUGCUUAGCUGGAGAAUGGUUAACAGCAACUGCAAAUACUAAUAUGUUUACAUAUGAAAUUGCGCCAUGCUUUAUUUUAAUGGAAGAAGUGGUGUUAAGAAAAAUGAGAGAAAUUAUUGGAUGGCCCGAAGGCGACAGCAUGUUGGCUCCUGGUGGUUCGAUAUCAAACUUAUAUGCUUGCCUGUGUGCCCGACAUAAAAUGUUUCCUGAUUACAAGCAAAAAGGUCUAAUCAGUCUUGGGCAACAAUUGGUCAUCUAUACAAGCGAACACUCGCAUUAUUCUUUGAACGGUGCUGGAAUGGUGAUGGGGAUUGGAACAGAAUUUGUUCGUGAGGUGAAAUGUGACAAAAGGGGCAGAAUGAUACCUGGUGAGCUUGAGCAGUACAUUAUUUCGGAUAAAGCAAAAGGUUAUACUCCUUUCUUUGUCUGUGCCACAGCUGGAACAACGGUUCUUGGUGCUUUUGAUCCAAUUAAUGAUAUUGCUGAUAUCUGUGAUAAGUACGGUAUUUGGUUUCACAUAGACGCAGCCUGGGGAGGUGGAGUGCUGUUGAGCCGAAAAUACAGGUACAAGAUGAGUGGAGUUGAAAGGGCUAAAUCAGUGACAUGGAAUCCUCAUAAAUUGCUAGGAACGUUGCUACAAUGCAGCACGUGUCACUUUAAAGAAGAGGGUCUUCUGUUAAGUUGCAACCAGCUAUCAGCAGAUUAUCUUUUCCAACAGGAUAAACAUUACGACGUUCAGUACGAUACAGGAGAUAAAGUCAUUCAGUGUGGACGGCAUAAUGACGUAUUUAAAUUGUGGCUGCAAUGGAGAUCUAAAGGAGACAAAGGGUUCGAAGAACAUAUCGAUCAUCUUUUCAAAAUGACAGAGUAUCAAGUGAAACAGAUCAAGGAGAAGAAAGAUAAAUACCACCUUUUGUUUGAGCCGGAAUGCACUAAUGUAUCCUUCUGGUAUAUCCCAAAACGGCUAAGAGGAGUCCCUCAUACCCCUGAAAAGGAAAAGAUUUUAGGAGAACUUACCGCAAAGUUGAAGUCAAAAAUGAUGAACGCGGGGACACUCAUGAUAGGUUAUCAACCUCUGGGGGAUAUUCCGAAUUUCUUCAGAAGCAUUAUUUCAAGUGCAGCUGUUCAAGAAGCUGAUGUAGAUUAUGCACUUGAUGAAUUAGACAGGCUUGGCCAUGAUUUGUAAAAGCACAUAGUUUUGAUUGAAAUAUUACGUGCUUGUUAUUUAGAUAUGUGUCACGUAUAAAUUAGAAGGAAAUUAUAUCUGGGCCCAACUACUUUAUUUUACAUACCUGACAAUUUGCAAAAUUCCAGUUUUCCGCAAAUUGUUGGGCAAUUUUACUUUUCUCCCCAAUGCUUCAAAAUUUUUCUUAAACUAAAAUCAAAAAUUUUCCUUUUCAACAAUUUAUAAAAAUACAUAUAUUGGGCCAUUGUUAACUUGUCAUCGGCUUCCUAAUGAGGCUUAUGAAAUGUUAGAUAUGUUACAUAAAGUGCGUGCUAUUUGUUUGUAUCGUCAUUGUAUUUGUGCAAGUAAAAAGAUGAUUAUUCAUCGACAAAAAAUCCAUGUCUUCCAAACUUAGAUGUACUGAAGUGUAAGUGAACAAACCAUGUUCCAUCUUCAAGUAUGAAUAGAAAUUUCAUUUGUGUUUCAUCACUUAUGUGUAUUCAUUGUAGAGAGUUGCUAACACGUUUAGCCUGCUAUUGAUUGUAGUACACAACAACAAAAGCAGGCAAACAGUUACGUACAGACAUGCUUGAGCAUGUAUAGAGAUAUUUUUAACGUAAAGCACUAAUUAUUCUAAGCAGUUUAUUUUAUGUGUCUCGAAUUUAAAGUGUUAGUUCUUUAAUUAUGUGUACAUAAAUGUAUUUAGAAAUUAAUCGAAAUAUUUUAGGUUCAAAAAUUAUAAAAUGUACAUUUAACAAAUCUAUUUAAAUGUUUUACAUGAUAAAAGAAUAUCUAUUUAAGGCAGGGACGGUUGUUAGCAAUAUUAAGAAUCAUAGGUAGAGAUCAAAUGUUGCGAAGGCUACGUUCUCUGUUUAUAAUUUGUUAUUUCAGUGCCUAUUGCUGUGUUGUGAUUUAAAAGUUUUUCCCUGUAACAAAACUAUUCUGGACUCUAUUUCGUUCAAAUGUUCUGUUACCAUGUUUAUAACUUUAGUGGCUAAAACAUUUAUGAAAAAAAUUUAUUAUAUUUAGAUGAUAUAUUUGUACUUGAAAAUAUAUUUCUUAAUAAUUGCGAAGAAAAAAGAAACAAUUUUUAAAUACCAGCAUAUUUUUGAAAGAAAAAAUGAGAACUUUUUUAUUAGAAAAUGUCUUGUAAUGAGAGAUUGAAGUUUUUUUUACUUUUGAUGCAUGCUUCCUUUUUUACUCUUAUGCAGAAACCCAUCACCUUUUAAUAUUUUCUUUAGGUUAGGUUAGGAAUAUUUAAACAUUUUCAUUUCACGUUAUAGUUUUAAUGACCUGUUAAUUGUUAUAUUACUUACAUUCGUAGUGUUGUAAGUCCUAGAACGUCCAAAUGUUAAAUAUUAUUAAAAUAAUGUCUGUGUCACCUGUUGAAUGUUUCAGAGAUAAUUGUCUAUAUCAUAAAUCUUCCCUCUCUAAAAAAAUCUUUGAAUGUUGUGGAUUGUUGACAAGUUAAUAUAGCAUGUAUGCUUAUUCAAUAUUAUAAAUGUUAUAAAAACAUAUCCAAUUUUAAGCUUGUCAGUUAAAAUAUUUUGUGUUUUCAAUUUCUUAAAGCACUAUAGAAUACUUUCAUAGUUUCUUGUAAAGUUGUGGUACAACGGGAAUGUUCAAAAACGCAAGUGAUAUAAAGGUUACUAAUAUGUAUUUAUCUUUUAAAAUUUUAAUAAAUACCUUCACUAGAAAAUUAA